AUGAGAAUAUUGUAUUUUACUUUGCUUUUUUUUAUUCUUCCCAAAUUUUCAUUAUUAUGUGAAACAAAGAACCUAAUAUUAAAUAAGUACAAUAUUAAUUUUAUUUUUGAUUUUAAGAAUAUUUUUAAAAAUAGAAAAAAGAAAAGUUUCAGACAAUUUUCUAGUAGCAUAUUAAAUUAUAAUAUUUAUCUACCUAACAAUAUGAAGUUUUCUAAUAUAGAUUUAAAUAAUUAUUCAAUGAAAAUAAAUAAUUUUCCUUUAAAAGAUUAUAAUAUUAUAUCUAUUGAUUAUGGUUAUACUUUUAUGGGUUUGUGUAUUCUUUGUAAAAAUAAAUUCAUAUAUGAAAAAAUCAUUUCAAGACAUAAAAAUUUUAUAUACGAUAAAAAUUUUAAUUUACCUAUAAAAGAUAAUAUUAUUUUGUUUUAUGCUGUUAAUUUUCAAAAUUAUAUUUUUAAUUUCUUUUAUUUUUUUCAAUUUCUAUUUGAAUUUAUAUUUAAUUAUAAUAUUCUUGUUAUCGUUGGAUGUAACGGGAGCUAUAUGAACAAAUUAGCUAGUGAUAUGGGAAGGCAUAUUUGCUAUUUUAUGAAUAAAAUAGAAAAAAAAAAAAAAGACGAUAAUCAAGUUUUUUUUGAUGUAAAUAAUGAAGUUAUUACAUUAAAAAAUGAUAAUAUUUAUAAAAAAGAAGAUUAUUAUAUUGAAAAUUUUAAUUUUUGUUCUGAUGAAAAAAUUAACAUAGGAGAAAAAAAUAUUUUAAAUUUUCUUUUAAAAAAUAUGGUAACAAAAGUAAAAGAUGAAAAUAAUACAUUAUUUUCAAAAUUUUAUAACAAAAAUUGUAAAAACAGAAAAGAUAGUUUAUCUGCUUGUUAUUUAUUAUAUUAUUAUUUGAAAUACUAUGACAUUAAUAAUAAUUUCUUCCUUAUUCCUUCAAAAAACGUUAAUUAUAUAUAUCAUUUAAAAAAAUAG